AAUUCCUUCGCUUUGAGACUGGCCUACAAGAUCAAUGACGUGAGCUUUCCAGAGAAUGUAGAACUCAGGACGGAGACGCAAGCGCGCAUUCAGGACUCGGUCAACAAGCUGAUGAACGGAUUGCUGAUCCAACCUAAUGCAAGUCCUUUCACCUUCCCACAAGCAAAUUUCACCCACCUGCCCAAUGAGAUUCAUGCGAAUGUGGAGUAUGUCUAUCAUGAAGGAGACAUCAACCAACCAAGCAACUUCCUGGCUGCGAUACUGGCAGUUAGUGGUCCUGCCCCCACUACAGCUUCCCCUGUCAUUCCUACGACACCUUCAGCUGUUGCUCCGACGACUUCUCGCCCAGCCACUCAUAUUGUUCCACCCAUUCCAGUAGCACCAACGUCCAUCACAGCAGCGCCUACAGUUCGUGGCAUGGUUUUCAUCUUUCUCCGAUUUGUGUUCCACACCCUCAAACCCGUCCCCACUGAGAGUCAGGUUCUCUCCCAGGUCAGCGCUUUGCUGAAAUUUCGUCAAACAAGGGCGCUGGAUAAUCCAGUGAGGAUUCAGGAUCUCACGUAUGAAAAAAUAUCAGAUCAUAUCUUCGCUUUGAAACUGAACUAUCAGAUAAGCAACGUGACCUUUCCAGAGAAAUAUGAUCUCAGGAACGAAACGCAAAAACUCAUUCAGGACUCCGCAAACAAGUUGCUGAACACAUUGCUGAACAGCCCUAAUGCAAAUCCUUUCACCUUCCCAGAAGGAAAUUAUACCAACGGGCUCAAUGUGAUUAAUGCCAGUGUGGAGUAUAUCUUUCGGGAAGGUGACAUCAACCUACCAAGCAACUUCCUGGCUGCGAUACUGGCAAUUAGUGGUCUGGCCACCACCGCAGCUCCCACCACCACAAGCAGCCCUGUCCUCCUGCUGAUCACAAGUACUGCAGGCAGGUUCCCUGGAUGGGCCCUGGCCAUCAUCAUCCCCUGCGGUAUCGCCAUCAUCCUCCUCCCCUUCUGGAUCCUCCUUUGUUGCCUGCUGUGUGGUUGCUGUGCGGCCAUUAAGAGACGUUGGCGCAGGAGGCAGGCCUACCACAUACAGCAGUAUGUCACACAUCCCAUGUGAGAGGGUGGAGCUUGGACGUUCAGCUGGAAUCUGAAAACCAAGUUUUAUUAUGAUUGAUGUCUUAUUAUAAUGUUCUUACACAUAUGAUACAUAGCAACUGCAUGGCUGGAUGGUGUAAGAUAUUUAUCUUUAUUUAUUAAUAUGGGUUAAAUAUGAGAAUUAUCCUAAAUUCUCAGCUAUGUUAUACCCAGGUAUUCAAAUGUAAAUCUGCAUGUAUUUAUCUUUCUAUGAAGCAUUAUUUUUAUUUAAUUAAAGGUUAACUAUGUAUUGCAUAUUGCAAAGUCAAUGCAAUAUUGAUGCAAUUUGUUAGGUUUAAUCAAUUAUCAUUUGACAUGUAAUUUAAAGUUUACAAAUGA